AUGGAAAAAGAAAAAUUGCUGUAUGAAAAAAUAUAUCCCGCGAUUAAUGCACACAGAUUUCACUUCAAUCGAUUAUGCAAUGAAAAAAAUAUCAAAUCGAUUGUUGGAGAGAAAAAAUUUAAAGAUAGUCACCAUGUGGUCAUACUUAGCAGUAACUUUCAGACGAAAAAAACCAAGGCAGACGAUAGUCAAAAGAUGGCACACAUUCUGCACUUGUCAGAAAAAGGAAAGUUAUUUGUUUCUUUUAUUUUUUUGUGGAAAGAAAAAGAGUUGGAACAGACAGCUCAUUGCUUAACUCAACUAUCCACAACUGCAGUUAUCCAAACUUUAAAUUUUUAUCAUAUCAAGUUUAAUAUAAAUAGAGCGGAAGAUCACCAAUUAGUCUACAUCGUGACGGACAUAGAAAUUGAUGCCGAUUUGAUACGGCCUGUGAAUGAGCAAAAGGGGAGUACUGAAUCCAACAUGAGAAAGUUAACACAGGGAGUAAGUUAUCAUGCCACUACCCCACCGAUGGUAGAAGGCGUUAUUGAAAAACUGAUAGAAAAAUUCUGCGCCCUUAUGAAUGAACUGCUAUCUGAUGGGUACUCAACUGUGCAGGAAUGUGCACUAUGA